CCGGCAAAAAUCAUGUUCUCAGCAGGAAGUAUUCUCAAAAUUAAUGAACAGUCGACGAAGGCCGAAAUAUGAAUCAACUCGUCAAUGAUGUUGAAAACGCAAUUUUUAGCAAAUUUAGAAGAACCACAGCGCCAUCCAGUGCCUGCGAUUUUGGUAGAGAGGCCGCCAAACACCCCCAUACUCGAGCUGAAAGAAUGGCAGUUCUUGGACAAAAUGUUUGCUACAUUGUGACUGCAGUUGUUAUCAACGAAGGGCGCAUUCUGAUGAUGAGAGAAGCUAAGAAAUCUUGCCGAGGAACAUGGUAUCUACCAGCUGGCAGGGUCGAAAAGAACGAGUCUCUAGAAGAAGGCGUUAUGAGAGAAGUAUUGGAGGAAACUGGACUUACUUUUCAACCACUAUCGAUUAUUUGCAUCGACUCUCAAGGAACCUUUUGGUUUCGAUUCACUUUCGUGGGUUGUAUUACUGGAGGAAAGCUUAAAACUUUGGCUGAAGAGGACAAGGAGUCGAUGGAAGCUGGCUGGUUUCCAGCUGAAGAAGUGUUCACUUCUCUGAACUUAAGAGCAAGGGACAUUUGCCCGUUGAUAGAUUGCGGGCUGAAAUGGUAUGAAACUAAACAAGAACAGACUAUUUGUAGACUGCUUCCUGCGAAGAAUUCCCUCGGGCAAGUUACAGUAAGCUUGUUGGCUGUUAAAAGGAAGGAAAAGAAUGAUGAAAACUCGAUUUUUUGUCUGGUGUGUAACAACUCAACCAGUGAUGGCAACCCCAGUUGUUUUCCUUGUUUACCAAGCAAAUCUGUGGAGAUGGAUGGCUCAAACGUGAGUCGUCUCAUUGAUCUGCUAAUUAAAGAUUUUGACAGCUACGCACAGUACAAAAUACAUGGCUACGUUUAUGUUGAACACACUGGAGAGCCUCACGGAACAGCGGAUGGCGUACGUCUUACAGUUCUUGUAGAGGUGUUUCAACCUUUUGAAGAAGGUUUGAAAGGAAAAUAUCAGUGGUUCAAAGUGGAAGGAAAAUCCUUGACCGAAAGUAUGUGGAAACUCAUAGAUGUUAAGGGUUUUGUUGAGUUAGUGGAAUCUUAACUUAGCAGCCUUCACUUGAAGAAUGGUUAAGGAAGCUGUGACUUGAUUCUCUCAACUUUUCAGACUUUUGCCUGUCCCAUGACCAGAUUUUAUUUAUUGACCAAAUACAUCUUCAAACAAAAACAGGGCAGAUUGAAGCAUCAAACUUUUGGUGCACCAACUUGAAAUUUUUUUUUAGGAUCAAUCCCAACAAUUAAGUUCAACAUUGGACUCACACAUUGAACUUGAUUGGUCAAACCUAUACUUUGGUCAGAGAAGGAAAUGAAGUUAUUUAAAAUCAAAUUGUACCAAUUUAUGUGUAAGAUUUGGGACAAAAAAUUUUGCUGUUUGAAUUAAUUAGUCACUCGAAAGACAAAUCCUUUUAUGUGCACCAAGUACUCCAAAUUGGAUUUGUCGAACUUAUUUACAUGUAUCAAUGUAAGUGUAUCAUAGAAGGAAUGGAUCAUGUUAGUUAUAGGUACUCUUGACUGGUACAUUGGCAAUAUAACAGUCGAGAGAUGGUUGCUAAUCAACCAAUACAGUUAGUCAACACUCAGUUGAUAGUCGGUUGAUAGUUGACCAAUACUUGGUCAAGACUCAGUUGAUAGUCGGUGGAUAUAUCGGUCCACCACAUUCAGCCUAUAGUUGGUCACUGUACGGAUCUACCAUCGCCUGGCUGUCAACCAACUAUAGACAGAGUGUCAACCAUGCAUCAACUGAGUGUGAACUGAGUACCAACCGAUGUAUCAGUCAAGUACCACCAACUCUCCACCACUAUAUCAAUGGCUGUAUUGACAGAUAUAUCGACCAAUGUAUCUGUGGAUGGAUAUAUCGACUGAUACAGUAAACAUGAUUUGAAGGAAUUAUGCUUUAUAAAUUUAAGGGCAUGAAUGUUAUGUAAAUAAUUGUGUAUUUUAGGAUGUUAUGUUUUUUGACAGCUGUUUUUUCACAUGGAGUUAGAAUCAUUGUAUGAUGCAAUGGUGUCAUAAUAUACAUGAGAAAAUUAAGCACAUCUGAUUGGCUGCAAAAGCAUGCAUUUUUUUUGUAACAUAAGUGCAAAGUUGUAACACAAGUGUAAACAACAAAUAUGGCACAUGUACAUUUUCAAAUGUUCACUCAUCUAAAUUCUAAAGACAAGAAGUUGUAGAAAGGCUGUAAAUUAUAAUCAAAUUAUUUUUUCUGUAGAGCAAAAAGGCACAUUCUAGGCACACUCCUGUACCAUUCUUGAAUUGGAUUUCCUUGAUCCACUCUUGGAUAUUUUUGGAUUUUGGAGUCUACUUCAUAUUGAAUAGUAUUUUUAUGUAUGUUUUUCAAAAGAUCCAAAUUAUCUUCAAGUAAGUUAAUAAAUAUUAUUAUUACACAACUCGGGCAGUCAGAGGGCCAAUAACUAAAAUCGACCAA